AUGCAGCCGCUACGCCAAUUGAGCGGCCGCACUGGGAUGCAACUGCGCCGCUCCAUUGCACAAGCAUGUCGCUCGCAGCAGUUCUCACGUCCAUUGACCAAUGGUCCAGUGCGUCGUGAAUUACUCCAGCGCGUGUCGUCGCCAGCGUCCAUUGCAAGACCCGCAAUCAUUCGCCAAUUGAACCACGUCCGUCGCCAAAGCACAAACACCGAGCCUCCGCCAAAGUCGCCGGCCGCCUCUCCCGUCCAAAGAUCUCGUCUCCUUCGAUUCCUGUAUAGAGGCUUCACCUUCCUCGGCAUCUUCGUUGUCGUUUCUGGUGUGCUCGUUGUCGCCUUCUUCGCUUUCGAUGCCACCACAUACAAGGAAGAAUCCGACUCGGUCGAUAUUGUUGUUUCUGAACUCGCCCUGAACCCAAGAAGAGGAGGUCCCAAGAACUUGCCCAUCGCUGAACACCUCAUCGACGACGAUGACUCUCCGGAAAAGAAGGCUCAAAAGCACAAGCCCAAGCUGGUCAUUCUCGGUACUGGCUGGGGCAGCGUUGCUCUUCUCAAACAACUCAACCCUGAUGACUACCACGUCACCGUCGUAUCUCCGUCCAACUACUUCCUGUUCACACCCAUGCUUCCCUCUGCCACUGUCGGUACUCUGGAACUGCGAUCUCUUGUCGAGCCUGUCCGUAGAAUCAUCUCUCGCGUCAAGGGUCACUUCCUGAAGGCUACUGCUGAGGACGUCGACUUCUCCAACAAGCUUGUUGAGGUAUCGGCGACUGCGCCUGAUGGAACCAAGCAAAACUUCUACCUUCCCUACGACAAGCUUGUUAUUGGUGUUGGCUCCAUGACUAACCCUCAUGGUGUCAAGGGUCUUGAAUACUGCAACUUCCUCAAGGACAUCACCGAUGCACGCCUGAUCCGUAACCAAAUCGUUCGCAACCUCGAAGCCGCCUCCAUCCCUUCUACCUCUGAUGAAGAGAGACGCCGUCUGCUCUCGUUCGUUGUCUGCGGUGGUGGUCCUACUGGUGUUGAAUUUGCUGCCGAAUUGUUCGACAUGCUUAACGAAGAUCUAUGCAACUACUACCCUCGUAUCCUCAGAAACGAGAUUUCGGUUCACGUCAUCCAAAGCAGAGGCCACAUUCUCAACACCUACGACGAGACUCUUUCCAAAUACGCCGAAGCUCGUUUCGCAAAGGAUUCAGUUGAUAUCUUGACCAACUCGCGUGUCAAGGAAGUCCAGAAAGAUAAGAUCCUCUUCACGCAAAAGGACGAGAACGGCAAUACAGUCACCAAGGAGAUCCCCAUGGGCUUCUGCUUGUGGUCCACCGGUGUAGCUCAAACUGAAUUCUCCAAGAAGCUUGCCGAGAAGCUUGGUGAAAACCAGACCAACCGUCAUGCUCUCGAAACCGACACUCAUCUUCGUCUUGUUGGUGCCCCUCUCGGCGACGUCUACGCCAUUGGUGAUUGCUCAACCGUUCAGAACAACGUCUCGGAUCAUAUCGUGUCAUUCCUCCGUACUGUCGCAUGGGAGAAGGGCAAGGACCCCGAGAAGAUGGUUAUUGGUUACGGUGAUUGGAGAGGUGUUGCCAAGCGUGUCAAGCAGCGCUUCCCUCAAGCCGCUGAGCAUUUGAAGCGUUUGGAUAAGCUUUUCGAGCAAUAUGACAAGGACAAGAGCGGUACUCUUGACUUCAGCGAGCUUCAAGAGCUACUCAAGCAGAUUGACGGCAAGAUGACUUCGUUGCCUGCCACUGCUCAGCGUGCCAACCAGCAGGGUAUCUACUUGGGUCGUAAGUUCAACAAGCUUGCACAGGCUGCGCCUGGUAUGGAGUUGAACAGACUUGACUAUGGUGAUAUCGAUGAUGCCGUGUACAAGGCCUUCUCAUACACCAACAUGGGCAGUCUUGCUUAUGUUGGUAACGCUGCCAUCUUCGACUUUGGUGGGCUGAACUUCGCUGGUGGCCUGGUAGCAGUUUACCUCUGGCGUGCCGUUUACUUCUCGCAGAGUGUCAGUCUCCGCACCAGAAUUCUCCUUGCCAUGGAUUGGACCAAGAGAGCACUUUUCGGAAGAGAUCUCAUGAACUUCUAG